AUGCAAGGAAUUAGCUCAGGAGAGACUUUUGAAAAACUAAUUUACUCAUACUCAGCCAUGCAAGUUUGCAGAAGCGAGAGAGACAAUUUCGUAGUUUGCAGAGCAACUCCUCACGGAAGAGAGGGUGACCCAACCCAUUGCGAAAAUGAAGUAAAUUCUCUAAUGACUUGCUACUCUUCCAUGGUCCAAAAAUCGCAAAAAGAGUGAAAUAAAACUUACAAAAGCGCAUUUGAUUGUCUCAAAAGGCACGAAGAUGAAUCAGGAGAUAGCCACGCUUGUGCAGGAAACCUCUCAGAAUUUGCUAAAUGAAUCUAAGCUCCUAUCCUGGAUGGUCAGGGUCCUAAAUUCUCAAUAAAUCU